AUGAGCAUCGAAGGAUCUGAUGAAAGACAGUUGCAUUCUGCAGCCUGCCGCCAGCUAGGGUUCUUGCUGUUUCAGACCCCGGAUGUCCAAUCAGAGGAACCCCCUUCGAUAAGCUUGAUGGCCCCUAGAUCACUUCGGACGCGGACUCUUGCCGCUUGCUGUGACGCCGAACGUUCCCACGCCCUCCUACCACCACGCCAUGACCUCUUCGCCGUCCUCGCCGUCCUCGCCCUCGUCUCGUCUACCAACGCUUCUGCUCUCACAACCUCCCUCGGCGCCAACGAGCGUCUCUGCUUCUAUGCUGAUGUAGACAAGGCAGGCGAGAAGAUCGGUUUUUACUUCGCUGUACUUAAAGACCCGAACGAGAAGGUCCUCCUCGACGGCGCGGGCGAGCGCCAGGGCGACUACGUCCUCACCGGCCUCACCGCUAACACCAACGACAUGUCCACCCUCACCGAGAAGCUCGUCGACUUCGACAUCAUGGUCGAGAGCGAGCCCCGCCGCGACGCCCCCGCAAAACCCGCGCAGCUCUCGGAGCACACGUCCGCGCUCGAGGAGAGCAUAUUCAGGCUGAACGGGAUGCUGCUGAAUGUGAAGCGUACACAGAAAUAUUUCCACACGCGCGAGAAUAGAGGGUUCUCCAUCGUCAAAUCGACACAAAAACCCUCGCCGUCAUCGGCAUGGCCGUUCUACGUCCUUCAGACGUUCUUCACCAAGACUGGAAGACGGUACAAGGUCUAA